AAUACCAUCAAAUUAUCAUCAUCUCUAUUCUCUGCUUAUCUACAACAUUCAUAACUCUAGUCUAGUCCUCCCAUUCCGCGAAACUCUCAAACAAACCCUAUCCUUUUACCAGACGAAUCGCCCUUUCUGUUCUUAACAAACCAACCCUUUAUUAUUUUCUCUCACCAACAAACCCAGGGAACAGAGAAAGGGAAGAAAAAUCAUUUUUUUAUUCUUUGGGUACAAUGGAAAACUGUGUUUGCCACCAGCUUAGGACCAUGGUUACUAUUCCAAAAGUAUCACCAACUUCAGUGAAACCCCAGUUGAGGGUGAGAGCGAGUGGGGGAAGGAGGCACUGCGAGUUCAGUAGCCUGAACGCGCCGCUUGAGCCACGGUCCCUUGUGGGGAAGUUUCUGAGCGGUGUGUUGCAGAAUCGGCGACAGUUGUUCCACGUUGUUACCAAGGAAGAGUUGAAGCUUUUGAGUGAUGAUAGAGACUCCGCUGUUGCUCGCAUGCUUAUCAGUCAUCACUCUGAUGAAGCCUUGCUCCACAGGAGGAUUGCGCAAGUGAAAGAGAAUGAGUGUACAAUUUCCAUAGCAGAUGUUAUGUAUCUGCUGAUUUUAUACAAGUUUUCUGAGAUCAGGGUUCAUUUGGUUCCAAAGCUUUCUAGUUGUCUGUACAACGGAAGGCUAGAGAUACUGCCUUCUAAGGACUGGGAUCUAGAGUCUAUUCACAGCAUGGAGGUUCUGGAUAUCGUAAGGAAACAUGUCAGUACCGUGACAGGCUUGAAAUCAAAUCAUAGUGUAAACGAUAGUUGGGCAACAACUCAUAUCCGAAAAUUCUGGCUUGCCCGAGUUUAUGUUGCCUCCAUAUUAUAUGGUUACUUUUUGAAGUCAGUUUCAUUGAGGUACAACCUAGAACGAAGUCUGUCUUUGCCUGACCAUAAUCUUCAUCGUGGUCAUAGGACUGGCCCUUCAUUUCAUGACGUGUAUCGUUGCAGCCCGAAGGAUGUGAUUUUUGGCAACAAGAAUGACAUACAAUCUGUAUGGCAUAGCUUAAUCAGGCAGGAAGAGGAAAUUGAGGAUUUAAAAUGUUAUGUUAUGGGCUUUCACCCUGGAUCAUUUCAGAGAUGUGCCAAAUUGAGGUCUAAGGAAGCUGUGCAUUUGGUAGAGAGUCAUAGUCAUGCACUUUUUGGAAAUGGAAAAUCUGGUUUGUCUCACCAUGAUGAUGUUAUUGUAACUUCAUUUUCUAGUCUGAGGAGGCUAGUCUUGGAAGCUGUUGCAUUUGGAUCUUUCCUGUGGGAGACGGAAGAUUACAUUGACAAUGUAUAUAAGCUUAAAGAUCAUGAGGUAGAGUAAAGAACACAUUGCUAAAUAAAUUUCCACACUGUCAGGGGAAUUCACUUUGUAAAUAUUGACUUAGUUAGGCUGAUUUUAUAUUGUAUAGCAUGUGAUAACUCUAAAUAAUGUACAGUUUUAAUGCUUGGUUAGCUGAGAAAGAAUCGAGAUAGAGAUUUUAAUUAGUGACAAAGUUAAAGUUGUUUACUUUGUAUCAUCAAUCUAUGUUUGAAUUUUGUGCAGCUUUUCAUCUGA